AUGGCAGUUACCUACGCAGCCGCCGUCAGCACACCCAACGGCGGGGUUCGGCAGCCUCAAAUCCAAGCCCGAGCCUGUUCAGACCCAGAUCUACGCGCAUCCUUUGAAGCAACGCAAGCGCAGCAAAAAGAGCAGACCAAGAAACCCCAACGGCCCGGCGCAGGAAUCCGUGCCAAAACGAGUUUCCGCGGCUGGUCAACCAAGAAGGAAGGCAAGACCAGUCCUAAGCAAGCUCAAAAUGAGCCAUACGUUGUGGAGGAAAGUCGACCCUCAGGACAUUAUCCCCGACAAGAGCACAGACCGAACACCGCGAGUCAAGAUGAACAAGUCUACGUCCUCACGCUCAAACUCACAGAUUCCCUAGCCAAACCAAUGGACGACAUGCGAAAUCAGUACUUCCCUAAGCACCUCAACCGCACAGGCGCGCAUCUGACCCUCUUCCACGCUCUCCCACAUUCGCACAUGGAAGCGCUAGAGCAAGGCCUCGCACAGGUAUCUGGGAGCAUCCAACCCUUCGAUGUCUCAACCGGCAAGCCCUUCCGGAUGCGCAAAGGCGUAGGCAUCAACGUCGACUCAGGUUACACAAAGAUGAAGAAUGUCCACGCUGAUCUACAAACCCAUUGGUCUGAGUUCCUCAGCGAGCAAGACGCCGGUGGCUUCCGCCCUCACUGGACCGUCAUGAACAAAGUCGAUGAGGAGACGAAAGUAGACAGCGCAUUCGCGACGAUACGCCAGGAGCUGAGUGAGAGGAACCAGGAGGGUCGUGCCGUGGGUUUGGAUCUGUGGAGGUAUGAACGUGGAAAUUGGAUUUUCGCAAAGGAGUUUGUGUUUGGUGAGGGGCUGGUUAAGACGCCGACGAAGACGGGGAGCCCGAGGAAUCAAGGGCAGCGUUUGUCGCCCGAGCGGAGUCCUACGGAUGGGCCCGGGAGGAGACCGGGCAUGUUCAAGCGGGGGAGUAGUGUGGGGGAUGCGUUGAGGUCGAUGAGCUUUCGGAAGAGGAGUUGA